ACACACACUGUCUCUCUGCUGCCCAGAUAUAAGCAGGUUGAUGGUUUGGCUGCAAAGUUAGUUGAAAAAGAAAUCUUCAAAAUUGUCAUGACAUUGACCAUGACUUCAGCUGGAGGCCUUGUGGGAUUCUUCAUUAUUGCAAUACUUACUCUUCACAAUGCCGGUUUGGGAGACACCAAUGUCAUCUCUUUGAAUGAACCAGAUGUCCCUUUCCCACCUGCCUGUCCCACUGUUCACAACUUGGCUGCCAUUUGCCACUCGGGUCAUGGUCGACCCAGAUACCCGCCUAACUUCUUCCCAGGCUCUAGAUUCAGUCACUUUCGCCGCCGUGGAAGUGCCAUCAACCGUUUGGAGUCAUGGUUCAGUUUGUGCUGCAGUGGACAAGUGGCCCGGCAGAGUCACUUGAUACUCUGCUGCACCCGUCAAGCUUGGAAACAAGCUCUGUCUCAGUUCUGUGAUGAAGAAUAUUCCACCAUGACUCUGCCAUACGAGUGCUGUGCAGAGAGAGGAGAAGCCCGGUGGAUGUGCUUUGACAGUGAGCUGCCAAACCCAAACUACAGCGCAACACCAGACUACACGCCACCACAAGUUCCAGAUGAGCCAGGAUUUAGUUUUGAUUCAAAUGCUUGCUGAAGGAACAGCUCUUAACUCAGGCAGAAGAAACAUAACAAUCCCUGAUGAUUUUUAAUGUACCUUUUGGCAGGUUUUGUCCCAACUGUUCAUAUUAAGGCAGCACAUACAGUACAAGCUCAUUAUAUAAUCAUAAUAAAGUGUGCCAUACUUUGCAGAAA